AUGACUGGCUCACGAGAGGCUAACCUUUACGAAGUCACUGGGGGCCAAGGCGGCUGUGCUCUCCUCGCGAUGCUGACACGAAAAAACUCUUCCGGGCGAGCAGGUGUGACUUCAUUUCCUGGGAGGGAAAGUAUCGCCGCCAUCUCGGACAUGUUGACUACACAACAAAAGAAAGUUGUCAAACCUGGCUACAUUUCAAGCGAGCGGCUGGAAAGUGCCUUGAAAAUUGCUUGCAUCAUUUCGCUGAUCACGGUCUGCCUACACACACCGAAAACCUUCGAACGGUUGUGGCCGCUCACUUACAUUGUGCUCUGUCUCGACCUGGUUUCCGUGCUAAUACUUACGUUGGAGGUGAUGCUCCGAAUUCAUCACGAAGGAUUGAGCCUGGUAAGUGGGUGUUUGCAACGCCAAGAAAUUCCCUUCAUAUAUGCAUGA